UCUCCACAUGGUGGCGCGCAGUGUAUUUGUUUGUGCUGUCAUGGCCGCUCUACUGCUUAGGAGCGGCGCUCGAGAAGUGAGGUGAGGGAAAGUUAGCAUGGCUACGGGUUCCGUUCACAGCUCGUCCGGCAAUGGCAGAAGCCAAGCGGCUACUGUGGUGGAUGAAUUUACAGCACCCGGAGACAAGAAAAGCCUUUUGGAAAGGAGCCGCCCAAGGGUCCAGGCCUUGUUCCCUGUUCUGUUUACAGUGCUGGGAUCGUUAGAAACCUUCCACCAGUCUGAAGUGAAAGAGGACGGGGAGAAGCCGUGUCGGAUAUGGCUGCAGCUGAAGGGAGGAAAGCAAGCUGUGGGCAGAGCCAAGGAAUAUCUAAAAGGCAUCUGUGAGCCAGAAAUGGAGGAAAAGCAGAGUUAUCCCAAGGAAAUGCACUGCAUCUUUGCAGGGGCCCAGGGUUCAUUUCUCAAUCAUCUAAUUCGGGACACUUAUGCAAAUGUGACUGUACCAGACAUAGGGGUCCUCAGCAUGAAAGGAGGAACCGAACCAGUAGUAAUGGCGCAGAGCCGUGUUCAGCAGUUCAUUAGGCUUUUUAAUGAUAAUGUCAGUUUACCCAAUCACAAGGAACCUGCAGUGAAAAAAAAGUUUAAACUGUAUGUAGAAAAACAUGCUGAUAAGUAUACAGUUGACUUAUUGCUGUUGCCAAGUGCACUAAAAAGUGAACUCCUAAGUCUUGCAUGUGAUGACCAACUUUCAGGUGAGGAUUUCUCAAGGCAGAGUUCAGAUGACAAAGUUGAAAGCCAAGUAAACCAAAAAGAUGAAGUGUCUAGAAACGGCGCAGGGACUCCAGUAACAGAACUAACAAGUCAGCUAGAUUCUGUGUUUUCAAGUGUUGCAGAAGAUAGUCCAUGCUUGAUGGAAAGGCCGUAUUCUGAACAAGACCGAUUGUCGGUUAAAAGGCGAAGUUCGGAAGCAGAGGAAAGAUUCUCCAAAAAGCCAUUUUCUUUAGAGGCUGUUCAAGUAGAUGGCCCUGUUAACAGAAAUGCUGACACAAACAACGUGCCCAUCAUUGACUUGAUUUCAGAACCUAGUGACUUUGAAGAUUCAGUGAUACUUGUGGAAGCCGAUGACAAUGUGAGUUCAGAAACAGAGUAUAAAAUACUUGUUAACUUCUUCAAAACUAUGGGGUAUUCUCAGAAUGUAGUUGAGAAGGUAAUUGGAGAUCUUGGACAAUCGGAGGAACCAUUAAAACUUCUAGAAGAAAUAGAAAAGCAGAGCAAAAAAGAGCUGUACAGCCAUCCCAGCAGUAAUAGUACAGAGCUGCUGAAGGCCAGAGGUACAUCAAAUCUACCUAAGUGUAAAAUUGCCAUCGCUGAGCCUGUACAGCAGUCUGCAGCACCAUUAAAAACACAAUGUAAAGCUUUACUUGCCACAGACAAAGCAGGACCUUCCAACUCUUCUCAUGACAAAUCACAGACAAAAGCAACUGUGGCAAACACUAUACCUCAAGAUCAGAAAACUACUAUUGCUCCAACUGAAAGACCCCUUAAUAAGCACUCUGACCCUCCUUUAACUGGAGUACAGAUAUUCCAAAAUUCUUUAAAAGUUGAAUAUCGAUUAGAACUGAAAAAUGAGCCUGGAAAAUUGGACUUGAAACAUAUUAUCAUAGAUGGCAGCAAUGUUGCGAUGAGCCAUGGAUUGAAACAUUUCUUUUCUUGUCGAGGAAUAGCCUUAGCUGUUGAAUACUUUUGGAACAAGGGUCACCGGAAUAUCACAGUUUUUGUUCCACAGUGGAGAACAAAACGUGAUCCUUAUAUCACAGAACAGCACUUCCUACAGCAAUUGCAGGAACUGGGAAUUCUUUCAUUCACUCCUUCCAGGACAGUGCUGGGAGCUCGAAUUGCAUCACAUGAUGACAGGUUUCUUUUGCAUCUUGCUGAGAGAACUGGAGGCAUAAUCGUAACAAACGAUAACUUCAGAGAAUUUGUUGUAGAAUCACCUAUGUGGAGGGAAAUUAUCAAAGAAAGGUUGUUGCAGUACACUUUUGCUGGGGACAUUUUUAUGCUACCUGAUGAUCCAUUAGGAAGAUAUGGGCCCAAGCUGGAUGAUUUCCUUAGCAAGCAGCCAAUCAAUCGAACCAUGCACAGCAGUUCUCCCUCCAGCAAUGAAAUGUUCAUUCCAAGGGAUCAUUUUGCUCCUCCAAGAGCUAUGGCACCAAGAAACGGACUCAAUCAGCCUAUGACACAAAGAAAUGGCCUCAGUCAGCCCAUGGCACCAAGAACCGAACUCAAUCAGCACAUGGCACCAAGAACUGGACUCAAUCAGCACAUGGCACCAAGAAAUGCUCUCCGUCAGCCAAUGGCACCAAAAACAGGACUCGGUCAGCCCAUAGCACCAAGAACCGGACUUGAUGAGUCCAGUUUAUUUCAACUAAUUAAACCUCAAGAACCUUUUCCACCAGCUGUGCACAAUAUUGCCCGGCCUCGUCCCAUCAUUCCUCCACAGAGAAGUCCCUCUGAGACCAUGGAAUUAAGAGAAGCCCUUCUGAAAAUAUUUCCAGAGACAGACCAGAGACAUAAAAUAAAUGAGAUCUUAUCAGCCCACCCAUAUAUGAGGGACCUUAAUGCACUGUCAGCAAUGGUGCUCGAUUAAAGAACAUUGAACACUAGCUGUUACUGAAAAUUUUAUUUUGCUUUGGAAAUGUGGUCUCAGGGAUAAAACCUUAUCACACAUACAAUUUGUAAAGGCAAAACCUGUCACACUAGCAGUCUUAAUGUACCUGUGCUGGGAAUAUUGUGCAAGUCUGCAUUCAAGACAUUUAAAAUGUAAAUGUCGAGUUUGUGCUGUACAUUAUGGAGUUUAUUAUUGAAAUUCCUUUUCAGAAAGGGUUUUAUUGUGCCUCUUAAACAGUGAUUAUUUGAUGUUGUGUUUAUAUAAAGAAACAAGUUGCGAUUUUGUCAUGGAAAACAUCUUGUCAUGUAGGAUGUUUAGUUCAUAUUUGUAUAUUUGUACAGGGACAAAUAAAAAAAAAUUUUGUCUCAAAGCUGGGCAGAUUUGUAUCAGGCAGUAACCCAUGACAACCAAUCAGGUUUGCUUUAAUUAUUUUACCUGCAGCUUGCUGCAAAAAGUUAAUGAGUGAUUGGUUGCUAUUGGUUACCUUGCAGGUGCCCAGUGCAGAUAAACAAGCCCAGAGUAAAUUUGCAUAUGUUUUGUUUGACCUACAAGAAUGUCACUUUUAUUUUCUAUCUGUUUUUAAGCAUCCUGCACAGUUUCUGAAUACAGAAAGAGUCUCUGGGACUUUAAAAUGUACAAUGCAGUUGGAGUAAAUCUGUUUUGUUUUUAAUUAGCAAUGAUUGGCUGGUUAAUGGGCACUAAAGUUUUUAUCCUAAGU